UGCUUCACGUGUAACUAUUCUGUCCUCACCUUUGUGAGUAUCAUAAGCUGGUUUGGUGCAGUCCUGAGAUUAAUGUUUGCAUUAUAAACAAUAGGGGAGUGUUUUAGCAGCAAUGAAAGAGGAACACAAUACCGCCUGGGUCACAUUGGGAAUAAUUGCCUGUUAGAGAGCAGUCUCUCUCUGUGUGUCAGAACAAGGCAGACAUCACAGGUCAGCUGCACCAUGCCUUCCUCUGAGUUUUAUUUCAACAUCGACAGUGGCUACCUGGAGGGACUGGUCCGAGGAUUUAAAGGUGGAAUCCUGAAAGCCCCAGACUACAUCAACCUGGCACAGUGUGAAACGCUAGAGGACUUGAAGUUACAUUUACAGACCACGGAUUAUGGAAACUUCCUGGCCAAUGAAACUGGACAACUCACAGUGUCUACAAUUGAUGGGAAAUUGAAAGAAAAACUUAUGAGUGAAUUUCACUACUUUAGAAACCACGCGUUUCAGCCACUCGCCACAUUUCUGGACUUUAUAACGUACAGCUACAUGAUUGAUAACAUGAUUCUGCUGAUAACAGGGACUUUACACCAAAGACCUAUUUCUGAACUGGUUCCUAAGUGCCAUCCGCUGGGCAGCUUCGAGCAGAUGGAAGCAGUCAACAUUGCUCAGACUCCUGCAGAACUGUUCAGUGCCAUCAUAGUGGACACUCCUCUAGCUGACUUCUUCCAAGACUGCCUGUCAGAAAAUGACAUGGACGAGAUGAAUAUUGAAAUCAUGCGCAACAAGCUCUACAAGUCAUACCUAGAGGCUUUCUACAACUUCUGCAAAGUCCAGGGAGGGACGACCGAAGAUAUCAUGUGUCCGAUUCUAGAGUUUGAGGCGGACAGACGGGCAUUUAUUAUCACUAUCAAUUCAUUUGGCACUGAGCUUAACAAGGAAGACAGACAGACCUUGUACCCGACUUGUGGCAAGCUCUACCCAGAGGGACUGCGACUGCUUGCCAAUGCGGAGGACUAUGAACAAGUGAAGAGCGCGGCGGAAUACUACGCUGAGUACAGAGCACUGUUUGAAGAGGUUGGAACUGGAACUGGAGAAAAGACAUUAGAAGAUAAGUUUUUUGAACAUGAGGUGAAAAUGAACGUGUUGGCGUUUAACAACCAGUUCCACUAUGGCGUUUUCUACUCUUACAUUAAGUUGAAGGAACAAGAAUGCCGAAAUGUUGUCUGGAUUGCAGAAUGUAUUUCUCAAAGACACAGAACUAAAAUUAAUAAUUACAUCCCCAUCCUGUAAACUAUCAUCAGUCGGGGAAAGCAGACUAUUAGCCGAGCGUUCUUGUCUAAUCUUUUAUGUAUAGAGCAUUAGCAUAUUCUGUAGUGCUGUAGAAUGGGAGCUUGCAGCGCUGUACAUUGGGGGUCAUUCCGAGUUGAUUGCUCGCUAGCAGUUUUUAGCAGCUGUGCAAACACAUAGUAGCCGCCCACGGGGGAGUGUAUUUUCGCUGUGCAGGAGUGCGAACGCCUGUGCAGCAAAGCACCUGCAAACACAUUUUGUGCAAAACAAGACUAGCCCUGUAGUCACUUAUCAUGUGCGAUGAUUGCUGCGAUGAGUGACAUGGUAAUGACGUCAGAUACCCGCCCAGCAAACGCCCGGCCACGCCUGCGUUUUUCCAAACACUCCCAGAAAACGAUCAGUUGACACCCAGAAACGCCCUCUUCCUGUCAAUCUCCUCGCGAUCGGCUGUGCGACUGAAAGCAUCGCUAGAACCUGUGCAAAACCACGAUGCUCUUUGUACCCGUACGUCGCACGUGCGCAUUGCGGUGCUUACGCAUGCGCAGAUUAGCCGUUUUUUUUACUGAUCGAUAUGCAGCGAACAAUGGCAGCUAGCGAUCAACUCGGAAUGACUCCCAUUGUGUCUAACCCAGGCAUGUCCAAACUGCGGCCCUCCA